AUGAGCUCCUCAUGUCAAUUCGAUAAAGAUGCAGGCGAAGCCAUGCGGCUGGCUGUGUCACGAUUCCGCACCAAAAUGGAGGCCUCAAAUCGGCAGUUCAUCCAAGACCGGUACGAUGAGAUCGACGGGAUGGACGUGACCGACAAAGAAAAGGUGUGCAAGAUAGCUAUCUAUCUACGUGGCCUAACUUAUGCUACCUCGUGGGCCGAUGUCAAAAGCUACUCCCACAGGCUGAUGGAUGGUGUUGAGUCACCAACGAUAGUGUCGGAUGAGUGGCGGCAAAUGUUCCUUGAGACCUGGGAAGCUUUCAGCAACGAGAACUUCUAUCGAGACAACGAAGAGGAGGACAACAAAGGCUUUCAUAUCCCAAUGCCGCACGACCUCGUUCCUUUCAUCAAGUACACCAAUGGUGUGGAGGAUCCGGAUUUUCGUCUGUCGGGCAUCCCUUCUUUCGACCCAGUGUGGGGGCUGGGGGACUCGCCCUCGGGGCCUGUUUUUGAUAUUUCCGAAGCCCGAGAAGAGCUGAGGAAAACGCUGGGUGAUUAUUUAUGCGAUGACUGGUUGUCUAACGCUUUGGACAGCCUCGAUGAGGACCUGGAGGUGAAGAUCGGUUUCCGAACUGGCACUGGCUGCAAACAAGAUGCUGGUAUCUGGUAUGACGCAUGGGAGAGCACCUACGCCUACUGUCGCCGGUUCGCGGAAGAUGACGACCCUCGUCAUAGGGACUGGGCAUGGCGGGUGGUCAUCUACCCUGCUGAAUGGGCUGAUGAUGGCCCGACUACACCCUACGGCCCAAAAAAGCCAAUAUUUGAUUCCAUUGUCGAGUUUCUGGAUUGGUAUGGUAGUUGGAUGGAUCAUUUGGACAUGGACAAGAACUCGUAG